AUGGCCGGCCCGCAGCAGGGUGCCCCUGGAGGCCCGCGGUGGGUCCUGGUGUUACUAAUGCUGAGAUACCUGGUGCCCACAGGAGGAAUUACUCAUCUGGACACCAGACUCCUGCUAAGCCUGGUUGCAGCCACAGAAAUCCUGGGCGGUCACCAUGUACCCACAUCUCAGCCUUCUGCAGAAGACCUGUGCCCUGAUAUGCCCAUCUCCUGUGGGAGAACCCCGGGGAUACGCUCACUGUCCAGAGUCAGGAACAUGAGUGAUGCUUCUUUGGACACCAAGAGGCAGCCAAACAAGAGAAAACUGAUCAGAAGGGCAUCAUUCAGCCCAGUUCCUUCAAGGUCACCUGCGAGGCCAGAGGGUCCUAUGACUUCCUGGAGGCUGGACGCCAGAGGCCAGGGAUGGGACCCCAGAGGCCCCAGGACCCCAGUGUAUCCCGUGCCCCCUGAGCAAUCACACCCUGCACACUCAGGGCUGCAGCACCGGCCACGUUCCCCCACUAGGACGGGAGACAGGCUGCCUUUCGAUGCAGUGGUCUCUGCCCAAACCACAGACCAAGGAACACCUGGGACCACCAGACAGUUGACACAUGACCAUUCUUCCCCAGCAUCACUCAUCAGCUCCGAGGACUUCCAUCCAGAGGCAAGUGUUGGCCUGUCCGUGCUGAAACCCACAGGCCUUCCUGGGUCAUCUUCUCUCACCCACUCCUUGAUGACAGGGAGCAGGAGCAGUAAAGCCACACUGGAAAUGGAUUCAGGACUGACAGGAGCCACCUUGUCACAUAAGACAUCUAUCGGUGCAAUCAUGGUGACGGAACAUACUCUGCCCUUUACUUCCCUAGCUAAGACCUUUGCCAGUUCUGCAUCUUCGGUUGUGGGAAGAAUCACCCGGUCCCUGGGGGCGAUGUCCUCUGCUCUCCCUGAGUCAACCUCUAGAGGAACUACACACUCUGAGCAAAGAACCAGCCCAUCGCUGAGUCCCCAGGUCAAUGGAACUCCCUCUGGGAACUCUCCUGCUACAAGCGUGGUUUCAGGAUUGAGUUCCCCAAGGACCAGGACCAGUUCCACAGAAGGAAAUUUUACCAAAGAAUCAUCUACCUACACACUCGCUGUAGAGACCACAAGUGGCCCAGUCACUGAGAAGUACACAGUCCCCACUGAGACCUCAACAACCGAAGGUGACAGCACAGGGACCCCCUGGGGCACAAGAUAUAUCCCUGCAAAAAUCACAUCUCCAGUGAAAACAUUUGCAGAUUCAACUGCAUCCAAGGAAAAUGUCCCAGUGUCUACGACUCCAGCUGAGUCCACAGUUACUGACUCACAUACUCCAGGAAGGACAACCCCAUCCUUUGGGACAGUUUAUUCUUCCUUCCUUGACUUAUCGUCUAGAGGGACCCCAAAUUCCAGAGGUGGAACAAGCUUGGAACUGACUCCAUCAACCACUGGAUAUCUCUUCUCUUCUCCUGAACCUGGCUCCGCAGGACACAGCAGAAUGAGUACCAGUGCGUCUUUGUCAUUAUCUGCUUCAGUUCUCGAUAAUAAAAUAUCAGAGACUGGCAUAUUCUCAGGCCAGAGUAUCACUUCCCCUCUGUCUCCUGGGGUGCCCGAGGCCAGAGUCAGCACAAUGCCCAACUCAGCUAUCCCUUUUUCCAUGACACUAAGCAAUGCAGAAACAAGUGCUGAAAAGGUCAGAAGUACAAUUUCCUCUCUGGGGACUCCAUCUACAUCCACAGAGCAGACAGCAGAGAUUAUCCUUACCUUCCGUGCCUUCACUGAGACCACGGAUACACCUGGCACCCACAUAGCCAAGACUUUGGCUUCAGAAUGGUCAGGGAGUCCAGGUACCCUCGGUGGCACCAGCACUUCAGCGCUGACAACCACAUCUCCAUCUACCACUUUAGUCUUAGAGGAGACCAACACCCAUCACUCCAUGAGUGGAAAGGAAACAGAAGGAACUUUGAAUACAUCUAUGACUCCACUUGAGACCUCUGCUCCUGGAGAAGAGACUGAAAUGACUGCCACCUUGGUCCCCACCCCAGGCUUUACUACUCUUUACAGCAAAAUCAGUAGUCCAUCUCAGGUCUCUUCAUCACACCCAACAAGAGAGCUCAGAACCGCAGGCAGCACCUCUGGGAGGCAGAGUUCCAGUAUAGCUGCCCACAGGAGCUCUGACAUCCUGAAGGCAACCACUUCCAGCACCUCAACAGCAUCAUCAUGGACCAGUGAAAGCACAGCUCAGCAAUUUAGUGAACCCCAGCACACACAGUGGGUGGAGACAAGUCCUAGCAUGAAAACAGAGAGAUCCCCAGCAUCAACCAGUGUGGCAGCCCCUGCCACCACUUCUCCUGUUCCCUCAAUGGUCUCUGGCUUCACCACCCUGAAGACCAGCUCCACUAAAGGCAUUUGGCUUAAAGAAACAUCUGCAGACACACUCAUUGGAGAAUCCACAGCUGGCCCAACCACCUAUCAGUUUGCUGUUCCCACUGGGAUUUCAAUGACAGGAGGCAGCAUCACAAGGGGAAGGCAGGGCACAACCCACCCACUCAACAGAGCCACAGCAUUAUCUAAGACAUCCACAAAUCUGACUCUGGCCACGAACGGUGUCCCAAUCUCCAUGUCUCCAGCAGUGAGCAAGACGGCUGCUGGCUCAAGUCCUCCAGGAGGGACAAAUCCAUCAUAUACAAUGGUUUCUUCUGUCAUCCCUGAGACGUCAUCUCUAGAGUCCCCAGCUUCUAGGGAAGGAACCAGUCUGGGACUGACUCCAUUAAACACUAGAAAUCCCUCCUCUUCCCCUGAACCAGACUCUGCAGGACAUACCAAGAUAAGCACCAGCAUUCCUCUGUUGUCAUCUGCUUCAGUUCUUGAGGAUAAAGUGUCAGCGACCAGCACAUUCUCACACCACAGAGUCACCUCAUCUGUGACCACAGAGACUCCUGAAAUCUCAGCAAAGACAAAGCCCAGCUCAGCCAUUCUUUUCUCCAUGACCCUAAGUAAUGCAGCAACAAGUCCUGAAAGAGUCAGAAAUGCAACUUCCCCUCUGACUUAUCCAUCUGCAUCAGGGAAAGGGACAGCAGGGAGUGUCCUUACCCUCAGCACCUCUGCUGAGACUACAGACUCACCUAGCAUCCACCCAACUGGGACACUGGCUUCAGAAUGGUCAGAGAGUCCUAGCACGCUCAGCCUCCCAAUUGUCUCUGGAGUGAAAACCACAUUUCCUUCAUCUACUCUUUCCACUCAUCUGUUUACCAGUGGAGAAGAAACAGAGGAAACUUUGAAUCCAUCUGUGUCUCAACCUGAGACUUCUGUUUCCAGAGUAAGGACCACCUUGGCCAGCACCUCUGUCCCCACCCCAGUAUUCCCCACCAUGGACACCUGGACUACACGUUCAGCUCAGUUCUCUUCAUCCCACCUAGUGAGUGAACUCAGAACCACGAGCAGUACCUCAGCUACAAACUCAACCAGGUCAACGCUUCCUAAAAUAUCUCACCUCUCUGGGACAGCAGCAAUGUCACAGACCAAUACAGGCACAUUUAAUGACUCUGCUGCACCCCAAAGCACAACUUGGCCAGAGACUAGUCCCAGAUUGAAGACAGGGUUACCUUCAGCAACAACCACUGUUUCAACUUCUGCCACUUCUCUCUCUGCUACUGUAGUGGUCUCUAAAUUCACUUCUCCAGCAACUGGUUCCACAGAAGCAACUUCUAUCAGGGAACCAUCAACAACCAUCCUCACAACAGAGACCACGAAUGGCCCAGGCACUAUGGCUAUGGCUUCUACCAAUAUCCCAACUGGAAAGGGCUACAUUACUGAAGGAACAUUGGACACAGCCCAUCUGUCCACUGGAACCACAACUUCCUCUGAGACAUCUACAGAUUUUACCAUGGCCAAAGAAAGUGUCUCAAUGUCAGUAUCUCCAUCUCAGUCCAUGGAUGCUGUUGGCUCAAGCACUUCAGGAAGGACAAACCAAUUGGUUGGCACAUUUUCUGAUGAUGUCUAUCAUUUAACAUCUGGGGAAAUUCCAAUACCUAGAGAUGGAACCAGUUCAGCUCUGACUCCACAAAUGACUGCAACUCAGCCUUCAUCUCCUGGGCCUGGCUCUGCUAGAAGCACCUGGCUUGGCAUCUUGUCCUCAUCUUCUUCUACUCCCAAAGUCACAAUGAGCUCCACAUUUUCAACCCAGAGAGUCACCACAAGCAUGAUAAUGGACACAGUUGAAACUAGUGAAUGGAACACAUUCAACUUACCUUCCAUGACUUCCUCGACACCAAGUAAUAUUCCAACAAGUGGUGCCAUAGGAAAAAGCACCCUGGUUCCCUUGGACACUCCAUCUCCAGCCACAUCAAUGGAGGCAUCAGAAGGGGGACUCCCGACCCUGAGCACCUACCCUGAAUCAGCAAACACACCCAGCAUCCGCCUCAGAACACACGCUAGUUCAGAAAGUCCAAGCACCGUCAACCUUACCAUGACUUCAGUAGUAAAAACUGGCUCUUACACACCUCUCACCUUCCCCUCAAUAGAAACCCACAUUCAUGUAUCAACAGCCAGAAUGGAGACAAAUGAAAUUGCUUACUCUUCUGAGUCUUCACCUGAGAUGACAGCUCCUGGAGAGACUAACACUGGUACUACCUGGGCCCCCACCACCUACAUCACCACUACGGAUCCUAAGGAUACAAGUUCAGCUCAGGUCUCUACACCCCACUCAGUGAGGACACUCAGAACCACAGAAAACCAUCCAAAGACAGAGUCCACCACCCCAGCUGCUUACUCUGGAAGUCCUAAAAUCUCAAGUUCACCCAAUCUCACCAGUCUGAUCACAAAAGCAUGGACCAUCACAGACACAACUGAACACUCCACUCAAUUACAUUACACAAAUUUGGCAGAAAAACCAUCUGGAUUUGAGACACAGUCAACUCUAGGACCUGUCUCUGUAGUAAUCCCUACCUCCCCUACCACUGGAAGCAGCAUAUUGGAACUGACUUCUGAUGUCCCAGGGGAACCUGUGGUCCUCACUACCAGUGAGCAGACCACAAUCACUCUCCCCAUGGCAACAUGGCUGAGUACCAGUUUGACAGAGGAAAUGCCUUCAACAGACCUUGAUAUUUCAAGUCCAAGUUCACUCAUGAGUACAUUUGCUAUUUUUCCACCUAUGUCCACACCUUCUCAUGAACUUUCAAAGUCAGAGGCAGAUACCAGUGCCAUUGGAAAUACAGAUUCAACCACAUGGGAUCAGCACCUAGGAAUCAGGAGUUUGGGUGCAACUGGGGACUUAACUGUUCCUAUCACCCCACUGUCAACCACGUGGACCAGUGUGAUUGAACACCCAACACAAGCACAGGACACCCGUUCUGCAACGAUGAGUCCUACUCAUGUGACACAAUCACUCAAAGAUCAAACAUCUUUACCAGCCUUAGCGUCCCCUCCCCAUCUUACUGAAGUCUACCCUGAGCUCGGGACACAAGGGAGAAGCCCCUCUGAGGCAACCACUUUUUGGAAACCAGCUACAGACACACUCUCCAGAGAGAUUGAGACUAGCCCAACAAACGUUCAAUCCACUCCACCCAUGGACAACACAACAAUAGGGAGCAGUAGUAGUGGAGUCACCCUGGGCACAGCCCACCUUCCCAUAGGAACAUCAUCCCCAGCUGAGAUAUCCACAAACAUAGCACUGGAAAGAGGAAGUUCUACAGCCACUGUCUCCAUGGUUGGGACUGUGGAACUCCUAGUUACUAGUGCUCCAGGAGGAAGCAUCAACCAGUCAUUAGGAAGAGUUUCCUUUGUACUUUCUGAGUCAACUACUGAAGAAGUCACAGAUUCUAGUAAGGGAAGCAGUCCAAGGCUAAACACACAGGGAAAUACAACUCCCUCCUCCUCUCUUGAACCCAGCUCUGCUGAAGGAAGCCGGAUGAGCACAAGCAUCCCUCUACCCUCAUCUCCUCCAACUCCUGAUGUGGAAUUCAUAGGGGACAGUACAUUUUCGACCAAGGAGGUCACCACAGUUAUGACCUCAGACAUCUCCAAGUCUUCAUCAAGGACAGAGUCCAGCUCAGCUACCCUUAUGUCCACAGCUUUGGGAAGCACUGAAAAUACAAAAAAACUCAGAACUGCCUCUAUGGAUCUUCCAUCUCCAACUCCAUCAAUGGAGGUGACACCAUGGAGUUCUCUCACUCUCAGUAACACCCCCAAGACCACAGAUUCACCUGACCUCAGCCAUGGGGUGCACACCAGCUCUACAGGAACUUUGGCCACUGACAGGCCAUUGAAUACUGGUGUCACUAGAGCCUUCAGAUUGGAAAACAGCUCCAGUACCUCUUCUGAGUCCCUGUCUGUGGGAACCAGCACUCUCACAUCCAUGAUUUACACAGAGAAGAGUGAAGUGCCUUCUUCAAUACGUCCCCAACCUGAGACCUCAGCUUCUGAAGCAGAGACCACUUUGACUUUCACUCCUGGAAACAAGGCCACAAGCUUAACAUUGCCUUUUUCCUCCAUUCCAGUGGAGGAAGUCAUUUCCACAGGCAUAACCUCAGGACUAGACAUCAACUCAGCACCCAUGACACAUUCUCCCAUGAUCCCACCAACAAUUGCAUGGACCAGUACAGGCACAAUUGAACAGUUCACUCAACCACUACAUGCAGUUUCUUCAGAAAAAGUUUCUGGGCAGACACAGUCAACUCCAUAUGUCAAUGCUGUGGCAUUGUCUGCUUCCCCUACCCAUGAGAACUCAAUCUCUUCUGGAAGCAGCACAUCCAUUCCAUAUUCCUUAGCCUCACUUGAAUCCUUGGAUUCCACAAUCAGUACUAGUUUAUCUGAGGCAUUGUCCUCAGCUCAUUCUGGGGUUUCAAACCCAAGUUCAACUACGACUGAAUUUCCACUCUUUUCAGUUGCAUCCACAUCUGCUGCUAAGCAAAGAAAUCCAGAAACAGAGACCUAUGGCCCCGAGAAUACAGCCCCGAGUACUUUGAACACUGAUGCAUCCUCGGGCACAGGUCUUUCUGAGACUUCUGUGGGGGCAAGUAUCAGCUCUGAAGUCCUUCUUCCAAUGACCAUAACUUCCAGAUCAGAUGUUUCUGGCCUUACGUCUGAGAGUACUGCUAACCUGAGUUUAGGCACAGCCUCUUCAGCAGGGACCAAAUUAACUAGGACAAUAUCCCUGCCCACUUCAGAGUCUUUGGUUUCCUUUAGAAUGAACAAGGAUCCACAGACAGUGUCAAUCCCUUUGGGGUCCCAUCCAACUAUUAAUACAGAAACAAGCUUCCCAGUAAACAGUGUAGGUUCACCUGGCUUGUCCACAGUAGCAUCAGAUGUAAUUGACACACCUUCAGAUGGAGCUGAAAGUAUUCCCACUGUCUCCUUUUCCCCCUCCCCUGAUAAUGAAGUGACAACUAUCUCACAUUUCCCAGAAAAGACAACUCAUUCAUUUAGAACCAUUUCAUCUCUCACUCCUGAGUUGGCUUCAAGAGUGACACCUACUCCUGGGGAUUGGACCGGUUCAGCUAUGUCCACAAAGCCCACAGAAGCCAGUUCUUCCAUUACACUGGGAGAGAGAAUGACAAUCACCUCUGCUGCUCCAACCACUUCCCCCAUAGUUCUCACUGUUAGUUUCACAGAGACCAGCACAGUUUCACUGGAUAAUGAAACUACAGUAAAAACCUCAGAUAUCCUUGAGGCACGGACAACAAAUGAGCUCCCCUCAGAUAGCAGUUCUUCUUCUGAUAUUAUCAACACCUCCAUAGCUUCUUCAACUAUGAAUGUCACCAAAACAGCCUCCAUCAGUCCCAUUAACAUCUCAGGAAGGACAGCAAGUUCCUCUCCAUCUCUCUUCUCUUCAGAUAGAUCCGAGGUUCCCACAUCUACAACAGAGACAAAUACAGCCGCCUCUCCAUCUGUUUCCAGUAACACAUAUUCUCUUGAUAGGGGCUCCAAUGUGGAUGGCAUGCUAUCCACUUUACCACCUUUUACAAUCACCCACCCUGUCAAGACAAGCUCGGCCCUGUUAACCUGGUCUAGACCAGUAGGAACUUUCAGCACCAUGGUCAGCACUGACACUGCCGCCGGAGAAAAUCCUACCUCUAGCGAUUCUGUGGUGACUUCUGUUCCAGCACCAGGUAUAUGGACCAGUGUAGGCAGCACUACUGACUUACCUGCCAUGGGCUCUCUCAAGACAAGUCCUGCAGGAGAGACACACUCACUUCCAGCAUCAACUAUUGAACCAGCCACUGCCUUCACUCCCCAUCUCUCAGCGACAGUGGUCACUGGAUCCAGUGCUACAUCAGAAGCCAGUCUUCUCACUAUGACUGAAAGCAAAACCAUUCAUUCUUCAUCACUGACCCCAACUAUAGCCACCUCUGGAGCAAGCUGGGAAACUUCAGCUACUCCUGAGAGCCUUUUGGCAGUCACUGAGACUUCAGACAUAACACUCACCUCAAAGAUUUCAGUGACAGAUACCAUCUUGUUUUCAACUGUGUCCACACCACCUACUAAACUUCCAAGUACAGGAACUCUCUCUGGAGCCUCCUUCCCUACUUUACUCCCGGACACUCCAGCCAUCCCAUUCACCACCACUGAGCCAACAAGUUCAUCAGCUACAUCCUUUGAUUCCACCCCACUGGUGACUAUAGAUUCGGAUAGACUUGGCACAGUCCCAGAGACUACCCUGACCAUCUCAGAGACCUCAAAUGGGGAUGCGCUCGUUCUUAAGACAGUAAGUAACCCAGAUAGGAGCAUCCCUGGAAUCACUAUCCAAGGGGUAGCAGAAAGUCCACUCCAUCCUCCUUCCACUUCCCCCUCUAAGAUUGUUGCUCCACAGAACACAGCCUAUGAAGGUUCGACCACCAUGGCACUUUCUACUUUGCCUGCAGGAACUACUGGUUCCCUUGUAUUCGGUCAGAGUUCUGACACCUCAGAGACAACGGCUUUGGUAAACUCAUCAGCUGGGCUUGAAAGGGCAUCUGUGAUGCCACUAACCACAGGAAGCCAGGGUUUGGCCAGCUCUGGAGGAGUCAGAAGUGGGUCCACUCACUCAACUGGAACCAACACAUUUUAUUCUCUCCCUCUGACCAUGAACCCAGGUGAGGUUACAGCCAUGUCUGAAAUCACCAUGAACAGACUGACAGCUACUCAAUCAACAGCACCCAAAGGGAUACCUGUGAAGCCCACCAGUGCUGAGUCAGGGCUCCUAACACCUGUCUCUGCCUCCUCAAGCCCAUCAAAGGCCUUUUCAUCACUGACUACAGCUCCCACAACUUGGAGGGUCCCACAGUCCACCUUGACCUUUAAGUUUUUUGAGGUCCCAAGUUUGGAUACUAAGUCUGCUUCUUUACCAACUUCUGGACAGUCCCUGAAUACCAUUCCAGACUCAGAUGCAAGCACAGCAUCUUCCUCACUGUCCAAGUCUCCAGAAAAAAACACAAGGGCAGAGAUGAUGACUUCCACAAAGGCCAUAAGUGCAAGCUCAGUUCAAUCAACGGGUUUUACUGAAAUCCCUGAGGAAUCUGCCUCCCCUUCUGUGGCAGGACGUGAACCCAGAGUUCCCACUUCAGGAACAGGGGACUCUAUAUAUGCCUCAGAGAGCAUGUUUUAUCCAGACCUGAGCAAGACAUCAUCAGCUAUGACAUUGACCCCUCUUGCAUCAAAACUCACAACUCUCUUCAGCACAGGUCAAGCAGCAAGGUCUGGUUCUCGUUCCUCUCCCAUAAGCCUAUCCACUGAGAAAGAAACCAGCUUUCUUUCCCCCACUGCAUCCACCUCCAGAAAGACUUCACUCUUUCUUGGGCCCUCUGUGGCAAGACAGCCCAACACAUUGGUGCAUCUUCAGACUUCAGCUCUGACACUUUCUCCAACAUCCACUCUAAAUAUGUCCCAUGAGGAGCCUCCUGAGAUAACCUCAAGCCAGACUACUACAGAAGAAGAGAGAACAACAGCUGAAACACAGACAUUAACCUUCACACCAUAUGAGACCCCAACAUCCUUGUUACCUGUCUCUUCUCCCACAGAACCCACAGCCAGAAGAAAGGGUUCUCCAGAAAUAUGGGCAAGCUCUAUUUCAGUUCCCGCCAAGACCGCCUUGGUUGAAACAACUGAUGGAAUGCUGGUGCCCACUACAAAGAUGUCAAGUCAGGCAGCACAAGGAAAUUCCACGUGGCCAGCCCCAGCAGAGAAGACAGGGACCAGUCCAGCAGGCACAUCCCCAGGAAGCCCAGAAAUGUCUACAGCUCUCAAAAUCAUGAACUCCAAGAAACCCAGCAUCAGCCCAGAGAUCAGGUCCACUGUGAGAAUUUCUCCUUGGAAGACUCCAGAAACAACUGUUCCCAUGGAGACCACUGUGGAACCAGUCACCCUUCAGUCCACAGCCCUAGGAAGUGGCACCACCAGCCUCUCUCACCUGCCCACAGGAGCCACAUCACCAGCCAAGUCACCAACAGAAAAUAUGAUGGCUACAGAAAGGGUCUCCCUCUCCCCAUCCCCACCUAAGGCUUGGACCAAUCUUUAUUCUGGAACUCCAGGAGGGACCAGGCAGUCACUGGCCACAAUGUUCUCUGUCUCCUUAGAGUCACCAACUGCUAGAAGCACGACAGGGACUGGUCAGCAAAGCAGUCCAGAAUUGAUUUCGAAGACAACUGGAAUGGAAUCCUCUAUGUGGUAUGGCUCUACUGGAGGGGCCACAGUAGACACACAUGUCUCUCUGAGCACAUCUCCCAAUAUCCUUAAAGACCCUGUAACCAGCCCAAACUCUGUGAGCUCAGUCACAAAUAAAUCCAAACAUAAAACCGAGACAUGGGUCAGCACCACAGCCAUUCCCUCCACGAUCCUGAAUCACAAGACAAUGGCAGCUGAAGAACAGACAAGUCGAUCUGUGGAUGAGGCUUAUUCAUCAACUAGCUCAUGGUCAGAUCAGACAUCUGGGAGUGACAUCACCCUUGGUGCAUCUCCUGAUGUCACAAAGACAUUAUACAUCACCGCCACAACACAAACCACCUCACGAGUAUCUCUGCCCUCUAGAGACCAAAGCAUUACCAGCCUCACCAGUCCCUCAGGAGGAAAAAGAAGCUCUGCAUCAUCUGUCACAUCCCCUGUGGAAGUGAGCAUCAUGGAUGUAACCACAGCUCCUACUCCAGGUAUCUCCACCACCAUCACCACCGUGGGAACUAACUCAAUCUUGACUACCACACCCAGCCCCGAAGUGGGUGUGAGUACCAUGGACAGCACCCCGGAUGCAGAGAGGUACACAUCUUCUACAGAGCACCCUCCCACUUGGUCCUCCACAGCUGCAUCAGAUUCCCGGACUGUCACAGACAUGGCUUCAAACUUGAAAGUUGCAAGUUCUCCUGGAACAAUUUCUACAACGCAUACAACUUCAUUCUUAGCCUCAAGCACUGAAUUGGACUCCAUGUCUACUCCCCAUGGCCUUAUAACUGUCAUUGGAACCAGCCUGGUCACUCCAUCCUCUGAUGCUUCAGCUGUAAAGACAGAGACAAGUACCAGUGAAAGAACAUUGAGUCCUUCAGACACAACUGCAUCUACUCCCAUCUCAACUUUUUCUCGUGUCCAGAGGAUGAGCAUCUCAGUUCCUGACAUUUUAAGUACAAGCUGGACUCCCAGUAAUACAGAAACAGAAGAUGUGCCUGUUUCAAUGGUUUCUACAGAUCAUGCUAGUACAAUGACUGACUCAAAUAUGCCGCUGUCCACUUUUCUGUUUGAUUCUCUGUCCACUGUUGACUGGGACCCUGGGAGAUCUGUGUCAUCAGCCACAGCCACUACCUCAGCUCCUCACGGGGCCACAACUCCUCAAGAACUCACUUUGGAGACCAUCAUCAGCUCAGCUACCUCGCAGCUGCCUUUCUCUAUAGGGGACUUUACAAGUGUAGUCACACCAGCUGCAAUGGUAAGGAGCUCUGGAGUUACUUUUUCAAGACCAGAUCUGACAAGCAAAAAGGCAGAGCAGACUUCUACUCAGCUUCCCACCACAAUUUCUGCACAUCCAGGGCAGGUGCCCAGAUCAGCAGCAACAACUCUGGAUGUGAUCCCACACACAGCAAAAACUCCAGAUCCAACUCUUCAGAGACAAGGGCAGAGGGCUCUUACAACAGAGGCAAGAGCUACAUCUGACUCCGGGAAUGAGAAAGAAAAAUCAACCUCAAGUGCACCUUGGAUCACUGAGAUGAUGAAUUCUGUCUCACAAGAGACCAUCAAGGAGGGUACCAGCUCCUCCAGUGUAUUAAGGAGCCUGAAUACGCUGGACAUAAGCUUGGAAUCUGCGACGACUUCAUCCCCAAGUUGGAAAAGCAGCCCAUAUAAGAGAAUUGCCCCUUCUGAGUCCACCACAGACAAAGAGGUAAUUCACCCUUCUACAAACACAGUAGAGACAACAGCAUGGGUCACAAGUUCCGAACAUGCUUCUCAUUCCACUGUCCCAGCUCACUCAGAGUCAUCCAAACUCACAUCUCCAGUGGUUACUGCCUCCACCAGGGAACAAGCAAUAGUUUCUGCAUCAGCAACCACAGGGCCAGAGUCUACAAGGACUGGAACAGAGCCUAAUUCCUCCUUGACUACUGAACUGAGGGAUUUCAGCCCUUACAUGGACCCCAGCUCAACCACACAAACAAGUAUUAUCUCUUCCCCAGGUUCCACUGCGAUCACCAAGGGGCCUAGAACAGAAAUUACCUCCUCUAAGAGAAUAUCCAGCUCAUUCCUUGCCCAGUCUGUGAGGUCAUCAGACAGCCCCUCAGAAACCAUCACCAGGCUGUCUAACUUCCCUGCCAUGACAGAAUCUGGAGGAAUGACCUUCACUAUGCAAACAAGUCCACCUGGCGCUACAUCACUAAGUGCACCUGCUUUGGAUACAUCAGCCACAGCCCCCUGGACAGGGACUCCACUGGCUAUGACUCAGAGAUUUACAUACUCAGAGAAGACCACUCUCUUUAGCAAAGGUCCUGAGGAUAUAUCACAACCAAGCCCUCCCUCUGUAGAAGAAACCAGCUCUUCCUCCUCCCUGGUACCUAUCCAUGCCACAACCUCACCUUCCAAUAUUUUGUUGACAUCACAAGGACACAGUCCCUCCUCUACUCCAACUGUGACCUCAGUUUUCUGGUCUGAGACCUCUGGCCUGGGGAAGACCACAGACAUGUCGAGGACAAGCUUGGAUCCUGGCACCAGUCUACCUCCCAAUUUGAGCAGUACAGCAGGUGAGGUGUUAUCCACUUAUGAAGCCUCCAGAGAUACAAAGGCAAUUCAUCAUUCUGCAAACACAGCAGUGACUACUAUGGAGGCAACUAGUUCGGAACAUUCUCCUGUCCCAGUCCAUACAAAGCCAUCCAAAGCCACAUCUCCAUUGGUUACCUCCCACAUCAUGGGGGACAUCACUGCUUCCACAUCAGUGUUUGGCUCCUCUGAGACCACAAAGAUUGAGACAGUAUCCUCUGUGAACCCAGGACUUCAGGAGAGAAGCACAUCCCUGGUGGCCAGCUCUGCUACAGAGACAAGCACUGUCAUUGCCCAUGUGUCUAGUGGUGAUGCUACUACUCAUGUCACAAAGACACAAGCCACUUUCUCUAGCAGAACAUCCAUCCCAAGCCCUCAUCACUUCAAAACUACCAGUGCAUUUACAAAUGUGAGCACCAACCCUUCUACCUCUCUAAUAAUGGCAGAAUCUUCAGGAGUGACCAUCACCACCCAGACAGGUCCUACUGGAGCUACAAUACAGGGUCCAUAUCUCUUGGACACAUCAACCAUGCCUUACUUGACAGAGACUCCAUUGGGUUUGACUCCAGAUUUUAUGCAAUCAGAGAAGACCACUCUCAUGAGCAAAGGUCCCAAGGAUGUGUCAUGGACAAGCCCUCCCUCUGUGGCAGAAACCAGCUCACCCUCUUCCCUGACACCUAUCUUGGUCACAACCUCACCUCCUGCCACUUACACAUUACGAGGGCGAAGUACAUCCUCUCCUGUUUCUGUGACUUCAGUUCUCACCUCUGGACUGGUGAAGACCACAGAUACGUUGAACACAAGCAUGAAACCUGUGACCAAUUCACCUCAAAGUUUGAACAACACAUCAAAUGAGAUGCUGGCCACUUUGGAAGCCACCACAGACAUAGAGACAAUUCAUCCUUCUAUAAACAAAGCAGUGACCAAUAUGGGGACCACCAGUUCAGCACAUGAACUGCAUCCCACUCUCCCAGUCAGCUCAGAACCAUCCACAGCCACAUCCCCAAUGGUUCCUGCCUCUGCUAUGGGGGACGCUCUUGCUUCUACAUCAACACCUCGUUCUGAGACCACAGACACUGAGGGAGAGCCAACAUCCUCCCUGACUGCUGAACAAAAAGAGAACAGCACCCUACAGGAGAUGAACUCAACUACAGAGUCAAACAUCAUCCUCUCCAAUGUGUCUGUGGGGACUACUACUGAAGCCUCCAAAGUGGAAGUCCCCUCUUUUGAUGCAACAUUGAUACCAACUCCUGCUCAAUCAACAAAGUUCCCAGAUAUUUUCUCGGUAUCCGGCAGUAGACUUUCAAACUCUCCUCCCAUGACAAUAUCUACUCACAUGACCACCACCCAGACAGAGUCUUCUGGAGCUACAUCAAAGAUUCCACUUGCCUUAGACACAUCAACGUUGGAAACCUCAGCAGGGACUCCAUCAGUGGUGACUGAGGGGUUUGCCCCCUCAAAAAUAACCACUGCCAUGAACAAUGAUGCCAAGGAUGUGUCACAGACAAGCCCUCUCUUUGAGGAGGAAGCCAGCUCUCCCUUUUCUCAGGCACCUGUGCUUGUCACAACCUUACCUUCUCCUGUUUCUUUCACGUUGCAGUGGCAUGGUACCUCCUCUCCUGUUUCUGUGUCCUCAGUUCCUACUUCUUCACUGGUAAAGAUCACAGGCAAGGUGGAUACAAGCUUAGAAAUGGUGACCAGUUCACCUCAAAGUAUGAGCAACACUUUGGAUGACAUAUUGGCCACUUCAGCAGCCACCACAGAUAUAGAGACAAUGCACUCUUCCAUAAACACAGCAGUGACCAAUGUGGGGACCACUAGUUCAGCAUCUGAAUCACAUUCUACUGUCUCAGCUGACCCAGAGCCAUCUAAAGUCACAUCUCCCAAUGUCACCACCUCCACCAUGGAAGACACCACAAUUUCCAGAUCAAUACCUAGAUCCUCUAAGACUACAAGAAUUGAGACUGAGACAACUUCCUCCCUGACUCCUAAACUGAGGGAGACCAGCAUCUCCCAGGAGAUCACCUCAUCCAGGGAGACAAACACAGUUCCUUACAAAGAACUUACAAACAUUAAGAGAGAUACUAUUACUGAGGUCUCCAGUACAGAGGUCAUCUCUUCUAGCAAAAUUUCCACCCCAGACCAUGGUAAGUCUACAAUGCCACCUGACACCUUCACAGGAGAGAUCUCCAGGGUCUUCACCUCCUCUAUUAAGACAAAAUCUGCAGAGAUGACGAUCACCACCCAAGCAAGUCCUCCUGGGUCUGCAUCACAUGGUACCCUUCCCUUGGACACAUUAACCACACUUUCCCAGGGAGGGACUCAUUCAACUGUGACUCAGGGAUUCCCACACUCAGAGGUGACCACUCACAUGAGCGUGGGUCCUGAGAAUGUGUCAUGGAUGACAACUCCCCCUAUGGAAAAAACCAGCUUUGCGUCUACCCUGUCUUCACCUGCCAUGAUAUCCCCUUCUCCUGUUUCCUCCACAUCACCAGAGAGCAUCCCCUCCUCUCCUCUUCCUGUAACUGCACUUCCUACUUCUGUUCUGGUGACAACCACAAAUGGGCUGGGCACUACAAGCCCAGAAUCUGUAACCAGUUCACCUCCAAAUUUGAGCAGCAGCACUCAUGAGAGACUGACCACUUACAAAGACACUGCACACACAGAAGCCGCCACACAUCCUUCCACAAACACUGCAAUGACCAAUGUAGGGACUUCCGGGUCUGGACAUGAAUCACAAUCCUCUGCCUUAGUUGACUCAGAGACAUCGAAAGCCACACCUCUGAUGAGUACCACUUCCACCAUGGGGCACACAAGUGUUUCCAUAUCGACUCCUGAUAUCUCUCAAACUAGCCAAAUUCAAACAGAGUCAAUGGCAUCCCUGACCCCUAGACCGAGGGAGAGCAGCACGUCUGAGAAGAUCAGCUCAGUGACAGAGACAAACAGUGCCAUUUCUUAUGUGCCCACAGGUGCUACUGCUCAGGUCUCCAGGACAGAAGUCAUCUCCUCUAGCAGAACAUCCAUCUCAGACCUUGAUCAGUCCACAAUGACACCCAGCAUCUCCACAGCAAUGAUCCCCAGGCUCUUCACCUCCCCUAUCAUGACAAAAUCUGCAGAAAUGACCAUCACCACUCAAACAACUACUCCUAGGGCUACAUCACAUGGUACUGUUCCCUUGGACACAUCAACCACACUCUUCCAGGGAGUGUCUCAGGGAUUCCCACACUCAGAGAUAGCCACUCUUAGGAGCAGAACUCCUGGAGAUGUGUCAUGGAUGACAACCCCCUCUGUAGAAGAAACCAGCUCUGAGUCCUCCUUAAUGUCUUCACCUGCCAUGACAUCCCCUUCUCCUGUUUCCUCCACAUUAUCAGAGAGCAUCCCCUCCUCUCUUCUUCCUGUGACUGCACUUCUUACUUCUGUUCUGGUGACAACCACAGAUGUGUUGGGCACGACAAGCCCAGAGCCUGUAACCAGUUCAUGGCCAAGUUUGAGCAGCCCGACACAUAAGAGACCAGCCACUUACAAAGACACUGCACAUACGGAAACCAUGCAUCCUUCCACAAACAUGGCAGUGACCAACGUAGGGACCUCCAGGUCUGGACAUGAAUCACAAUCCUCUGUCCUAGCUGACUCAGAGACAUCAAAAACCACAUCUCCAAUGAGUACCACCUCCACCCUGGGGAACACAAGUGUUUCCACAUCAACUCCUAAUAUCUCUCAGGCUAGCCAAAUUCAAACAGAGCCAACAGCAUCCCUGAGCCCUAGACUGAGGGAGAGCAGCACGUCUGAGGAGACCAGCUCAACGACAGAGACAAAUACUGCCUUUUCUUAUGUGCCCACGGGUGCUAUUACUCAGAGCUCCAGAACAGAAAUCUCCUCUAGAAGAACAUCCAUCUCAGACCUUGAUCGGUCCACAGUAGCACCCAACAUCUCCACAGGAGUGAUAACCAGGCUUUUCACCUCCCCCAUCAUGACAAAAUCUGCAGAAAUGAGCAUCACCACUCAAACAACUACUCCUGGGGCUACAUCACAGGAUACCCUUCCCUUGGACACAUCAACCACACUCUUCCAGCGAGGGACUUACUCAACUGUGUCUCAGGGAUUCCCACACUCAGAGAUAGCCACUCUUAGGAGCAGAACUCCUGGAGAUGUGUCAUGGAUGACAACUCCCUCUGUAGAAGAAACCAGCUCUGAGUCCUCCUUGAUGUCUUCACCUGCCAUGACAUCCCCUUCUCCUGUUUCCUCCACAUUAUCAGAGAGCAUCCCCUCCUCUCCUCUUCCUGUGACUGCACUUCUUACUUCUAUUCUGGUGACAACCACAGAUGUGUUGGGCACGACAAGCCCAGAACCUGUAACCAGUUCACCUCCAAAUUUAAGCAGCACCACACAUGAGAGACUGACCACUUACAAAGACACAGCACACAUAGAAGCCAUGCAUCCUUCCACAAACACCACAGUGGCCAACGUGGGGACCUCCAUUUCUGGACAUGAAUCACAACCUUUUGUCCUAGCUGACUCAGACACAUACAAAGCCACAUCUCCAAUGGGUAUCACCUUCACCAUGGGGGAUACAAGUGUUUCUGCAUCAACUCCUACCUUCUUUGAGACCAGAAUUCAGACUGAAUCAGCAUCCUCUUUGACUCCUGGAUUAAAGGACACCAGCACGUCUGAGGAGAUCAACACUGUGACAGAGACAAGCACUGUCCUUUCAGAAAUACCCCCUGCUACUACUACUGAGGUCUCCAGGACAGAAGUUAUCACCUCUAGCAGAAAAUCCAUCUCAGGACCUGAUCAUUCCGAAAUGUCACCCUACAUCUCCACAGAAACCAUCACCAGGCUCUCCACUUCUCCUGUUGUAACAGGAUCCACAGAAAUGACCGCCACCAACCAAACAGGUUCUAUAGGGACUGCCUCACUGGCUACCCUUACCCUGGACACAUCAAGCACAGCUUCCUGGGAAGGGACGCACUCACCUGUGACUCAGAGAUUUCCACACUCAGAGGAUACCACUACUAGGAGCAGAGGUACUAAAGGCGUGUCAUGGCGAAGCUCUCCCUCUGUGGAAGAAACCAGUUCUCCUUCCCUGGUGCCUUUAACUGCAAUAAGCUCACAUUCACCUCUUUUUUCCACAUUAUCAGGAAGUAGCCCUGCUGCUCCUCUCCCUGUGACUUCCCUUCUCACCUCUGGCAGGAGGAAGACCACGGACAUGUUGGACGCACUCUCAGAGCCUGUGACCAGCUCCUUACCAAGUGCAAGUAGCUUCUCAGGUGAGAUGCCCACUUCUGAAGCCUCCACAAAUACAGAGACAAUUCACUUUUCAGAGAACACAGCAGAAACCAAUAUGAGGACCACCAAUUCUAUGCAUGAACUACAUUCCUCUGUCUCAGUCCACUCCCAGCCAUCCAGACACACACCUCCAAAUGUUACUGGGUCUAUGAUGAAGGACGCUAUUGUUUCCACAUCAAUACCUGGUUCUCCUGAGACUAUAAAUAUUGACAGAGAGUCAACAUCCCCCCUGACUCCUGAAUUGACAAACAGCACCGCCCUGGUGAUGAACUCAACUACAGAGUCAAACAUUGUUUUCUCCAGUGUGUCCAUGGGUGCUGCUACUGAGGUAUCCAGGGCAGAAAUCCCCUACUAUGAUCCUACAUUCAUGUCAGCUUCUGCUCAGUCAACAAAGUCCCCAGACAUUUCACCUGAAGCCAGCAGCAGACAUUCUAACUCGCCUCCCUUGACAAUAUCUACACACAAGACCAUCACCACACAAACAGAUCCUCCUGGGGUGACAUCUCUUGGCCAACUGACCUUGGACACAUCAACCGUAGCCAAUCCAGCAGGAACCCCAUCAGCCAGAACUCAGGAUUUUGUAGACUCAGAAACAACCACAGUUAUGAACAAUGAUCUCAGUGAUGUGUCGAAGACAAGCCCUUUCUCUGUAGAAGAAGCCAACUCUCUCUCUUCUCAGGCACCUCUCCUUGUGACAACCUCACCUUCUCCUGUAACUUCCACAUUGCGAGUGCACAGUACCUCCUCUCUUGCUUCUGUGACCUCAGUACUCACCCCUGCACUAGUGAAGAUAACAGACAUGGACACAAGCUUAGAACCUGUGACUCGUUCAUCUCAAAGUUUAAGCAACACUUCGGCCACUUCAGAAGCCACCACAGAUACACACACAAUGCAUCCUUCUAUAAACACAGCAGUGACCAAUGUGGGGACCACCAGUUCACCACAUGAAUUCUAUUUUACUGUUUCACCUGACUCAGAGCCAUAUAAAACCACAUCUCCAGUAGUUAUCACUUCCACCAUGGGGGACUCAAUAGUUUCCAUAUCAAUGCCCAGAUCCUCUGAGAUGACAAAGAUUGAGUCUGAGACAACUUCCUCCCUGACCUUUGGACUGAGGGAGAUCAGCACCUCCCAGAAAAUUGGCUCAUCCUCAGACACAAGCACUGUCUUUGACAAAGCACUCACUGCUGCUACUACUGAGGUCUCCAGAGCAGAACUCACUUCCUCUAGCAGGACAUCCAUCCGAGGCACUGAAAAGCCCACAGUGUCACCAGACAUCUCCACAGGAUCUGUCACCAUGUUCUCUACCUUUGCUGGCAUGACAAAAUCUGAUGAAAUGACCAUCGCCACUCAGACAGGUCCUCAUAGGGCUACCUCACAGGGUACCCUUACCUGGGACACGUCAAUCACAACCUCACAGGCAGAGACCCACUCAGCUAUGACUCAUGGAUUUUCACAAUUAGAUGUGUCCACUCUUAUAAGUAGAGUUCCUGAGGACGUAUCAGGGACAAGCCCACCCUCUGUGGAAAAAAACAGUUCUCCCUCUUCCCUUCUGUCUUUACCAGCAAUAACCUCACUGACCCCUGUACCUACUACAUUACUAGAAGGUAGACCCUAUUCUUCUGUUCAUCUGAUUUCACUCCCCACUUCUGGCCCGGUGAAGACCACAGAUAUGCUGGCAUCUGUGGCCAGUUUACCUCCAAAUGUGGGCAGCCCCUCACAAAAGAUACCGACUACUUCUGAAGACAUUAAAGAUACAGAGAAAAUGUAUCUUUCCACAAACAUAGCAGUAACCGAUAUGGGGACCACCACUUCUGAAAAGGAAUCUUAUUCAUCUGUCCCAGCCUACUCAGAACCACCCAAAGUCACCUCUCCAGUGGUUACCUCUUUCACCAUAAGGGACACCAUUGUUUCCACAUCCAUGCCUGGCUCCUCUGAGAUUACAAGGAUUGAGAUGGAGUCAACAUCCUCCCUGGCUCAUGAGCUGAAGGAAACCAGCAUCUCCCAGGAGCCCAUCGUAUCCACAGAGAAAAGUGCUGUCCUUCACAAGGUGACCACUGGUGCCACUCCUGAGACCUCUAGGACAGAAGUUGCCUCUUCUAGAAAAACAUCCAUUCCGGGCCGUGAUCAUUCCACAAAGUCACCAGAUAUCUCCACUGAAGUGAUCCCCAGGCUGCCUAUUUCCCCUGGCAUUACAGAAUCUGCAAAUGUGACCAUCACCACUCAAACAGGCCCUCCUCUUGGAUCUACAUCACAGGGUACAUUUACCUUGGACACACCAACUACAUCCUCCAGGGCAGGAACACGCUCGAUGGUGACUCAGGAAUUUCCACACUCAGAAAUGACCACUCUCAUGAACAAGGACCCUGAGAUUCUAUCACAGACAAUCCCUCAUUCUAUAGAGAAAACCAGCUUCUCCUCUUCCCUGAUGCCUUCACCAGCCAUGACCUCACCUUCUCCCGGUUCCUCAACAUUACCAAAGACCAUUUACGCCACUCCUUCUCCUAUGAUCUCACUGCUUACCUCUAGUCUAGUGAUGACCACAGACAUGUUAGGCACAAGCCCAGAAGCUACAACCAGUUCACCUCCAAAUUUGAGCAGUACCUCACAUGAGAUACUGACGACAGACGAAGACACCACAGCUAUAGAAGCCAUGCAUCCUUUCACAAGCACAGCAGUGACUAACGUGGAAACCACCAGCUCUGGACAUGGGUCACAAUCCUCUGUCCUAGCUGACUCAGAAAGAACCAAGGCUACAGCCCCAGUGGAUACCACCUCCACCAUGGGGCAUACAACUGUUUCCACAGCAAUGUCUGUUUCCUCUGAGACUACAAAAAUUAAGAGCGAGUCAACAUAUUCCUUGACUCCUGGACUGAGGGAGACCAGCAUCUCCCAAAAUGCCAACUUUUCCACUGACACAAGUAUUGUUCUUUCAGAAGUCCCCACUGGUACUGCUGCUGAGGUCUCCAGGACAGAAGUCACCUCCUCUGGUAGAACAUCCAUUCCUGGCCCUUCUCAGUCCACAAUGUUGCCAGAAAUAUCCACAAGAACAAUGACAAGGCUCUUUGCCUCGCGUACCAUGACAGAAUCAGCAGAAAUGACCAUCCCCACCCAAACAGGUCCUUCUGUGUCUACAUCACAAGAUACCCUUACCCUGGACACGUCCACCACAAAGUCCCAGGCAAAGACUCAUUCAACUUUGACUCAGAGAUUUCUGCACCCAGAGCAGACCACUGUCAUGAGCAGAGGUCCUGGAGAUAUGUCAUGGCAAAGCUCUCCCUCUGUGGAAAAACCCAGCUCUCUCCCUUCCCUGCUGUCUUUACCUGCCACAAUCUCACCUCCUCCCGUUUCCUCCACAUUACCAGUGAGUAUCUCCCCCUCUCCUCUUCCUGUGACUUCACUUCUCACCUCUGGCCCGGUGAUGACCACAGACAUGUUACACACAAGCUCAGAACUUGUAAUCAGUUCACCUCCAAAGCUGAGCCACACUUCAGGUGAGAGACUGACCACUGGCAAGGACACCACAGACACAGAAGCUGCGCAUCCUUCCACAAACACAGCCGUGUCCAAUGUGGAGACCUCCAGCUCUGGACAUGAAUCCCCUUCCUCUACCUUAGCUGACUCAGAGACAUCAAAAACCACAUCACCAAUGUUUAUUACCUCCACACAGGAGGACACAACUGUUGCCAUAUCAACCCCUCACUUCUUGGAGACUAGCAGAAUUCAGAAAGAGUCCAUUUCCUCCCUGACCCCUAAAUUGAGGGAGACCAGCAGUUCUGUGGAGACCAACUCAGCCACGAAGACAAGUGCUGUCCUUUCUGAAGUGCCCACUGGUGCUACUACUGAGGUCUCCAGGACAGAAGUCACCUCUUCUAGCAGAACAUCCAUCUCUGGUCCUGCUGAGUCCACAGUGUUGCCAGAAAUAUCCACCAUAAGAACAAUCAUUAAGUUCCCUACCUCCCCCAUCAUGGCAGAAUCAUCAGAAAUGACCAUCAAGACCCAAACAAGUCCUCCUGGAUCUACACCAGGGAGUACCCUUACAUUAGACACGUCAACCACACCCUCCUUGGUAAUAACCCACUCGACUAUGACUCAGAGAUUGCCACACUCAGAGAUAACCACUCUUGUGAGUAGAGGUUCUGGAGAUGUGCCAUGGCCUAGCUCUCCCCCUGUGGAAGAAACCAGCCCUCCAUCUUCCCAGCUAUCUUUACCUGCCAUGAUCUCACCUUCUUCUGUUUCUUCCACAUUACCAGCAAGUAGCCACUCCUCUUCUGCUUCUGUGACUUCGCUUCUCAUAGCAAGCCAAGUGAAGACUACAGAGGUGUUGGACACAAGCGCAGAACCUGAAACCAGUUCACCUCCAAGUUUGAGCAGCACCUCAGUUGAAAUACUGGCCACCUCUGAAAUCACCACAGAUACAGAGAAAAUUCAUCCUUUCUCAAACACAGCAGUAACCAAAGUGGGAACAUCCAGUUCUGGACAUGAAUCCCCUUCCUCUGUCCUACCUGACUCAGAGACAACCAAAGCCACAUCGCCAGUGGGUGCCAUCUCCAUCAUGGAGGAUAUAAGUGUUUCCACAUUAACUCCUGCCUUAUCUGACACUAGGAAAAUUCAGACAGAUCCAGCUUCCUCACUGACCACCAGAUUGAGGGAGACCAGCACCUCUGAAGAGACCAGCUCAGCCACAGAGAAAAACAUGGUUCCUCCUGAAGUGUCCACUGGUGCUACGACUGAGGUCUCCAGGACAGAAGCCAUCACCUUUAGCAGAACAUCCAUCUCAGGCCCUGAGCAGUCCACAGUGUCACAAAACAUCUCCACAGAAACCAUCACCAGGAUUUCUGCCUCCUCUGUCAUGACAGAAUCUGCCAAAAUGACCAUCACAACCCAAACAGAUCCUCUGGGGUCUACAUCAGAAAGUACCCUUAAUUUGGACACAGCAACCACAUCCUCUUGGGAAGAAACCCACUCUACAGUAACUCAGGGAUUUCCACACCCAGAGAUAACCACUUCCAUGGGCAGAGGUCCUGGAGGUGUGUCAUGGCCUAGUCCUCCCUUUGUGAAAGAAACCAGCCCUCCAUCUUCCCCGCUGUCUUUACCUGCCGUGACCUCACCUCAUCCUGUUUCCACCACAUUCCCAGCACAUAUCCCCCACUCUCCCCUUCCUGUGACUUCACUUCUCACCUCUGGCCUGGUGAUGACCACAGAUAACUUGGGUGUAAGCACAGAACCUGGAACCAGUUCAUCUUCAAGUUUGAGCAGCACCUCCCGUGAGAGACUGACCACUUACAAAGACACUGCACAUACAGAAGCUGUGCAUCUUUCCACAAACACAGGAGAGACCAAUGUGGCAACCACCAGCUCUGGAUAUAAAUCACAGUCCUCUUUCCUAGCUGACUCAGAGACAUCCAAAGCCUCAUCUCCAAUGGGUACUACCUCCACCAUGGGGGAUACAAAUGUUCUCACAUCAACUCCUGCCAUCCUUGAGACUAGGAGGAUUCAGACAGAGCCAACUUCCUCCCUGACCCCUGGAUUGAGGGAGUCCAGUGGCUCUGAAGGGACCAGCUCAGGCACCAAGAUGAGCAUCAUCCUUUCUAAAGUGUCCACUGGUGCUACUACUGAGAUCUCCAAGGAAGACAUCACCUCCAUCCCAGGUCCCGCUCCAUCCACAAUAUCACCAGACAUCUCCACAGGAACCACCAGUUGGUUCUCUACAUCCCCUGUCAUGACAGAAUCAACAGAAAUAACCAUGAACACCCACACAAGUCCUUUAGGGGCCGCAACACAAGGCACCAGUACUUUGGACACUUCAAGCACAACCUCUUUGACAAUGACACUCUCAACUGUAUCUCAAGGAUUUUCACACUCACAGAUGAGCACUCUUAUGAAGAGGGAUCCUGAGGAUGUAUCACGGAUGAGCCCUCCCAUUCUGGGAAAAACUAGCUCUUCCUCUUCUCUGAUGUCUUCACCAGCCACAACUUCACCUUCUCCUGUUUCCUCCACAUUAACAGACAGCAUCUCUUCCUCUCCUAUUCCUGUGACAUCACUCCUCACGUCUGGCCUGGCAAAAGCUACAGAUACGUUGCACAAAAGCUCGGAACCUGUAACCAACUCACCUGCAAAUUUGAGCAGCACCUCAGUUGAAAUACUGGCCACCUCUGAAGUCACUACAAAUACAGAGAAAAUUCAUCCUUCUUCGAACAGAGCAGUGACCGAUGUGGGUACCUCCAGUUCUGGACAUGAAUCCCCUUCGUCUGUCCUAGCUGACUCAAAAGCAUCCAACGUCACAUCUCCAAUGGUUAUUACCUCCACCAUGGAGGAUACAAGGGUCUCCACAUUAACUCCUGGCUUUUUUGGGACUAGCAAAAUUCAGACAGAACCAACAUCUUCCCUGACCCUUGGAGUGAGAAAGACCAGCAGCCCUGGGGGGACCAGCUCAGCCACAGAGAUGAGCACUGUCCUUUCUGGAGUGCCUACUGAUGCCACUGCUGAGGUCUCCAGGACAGAAGUCACCUCCUCUAGCAGAACAUCCAUCUCAGGCCUUGCUCAGCUCACAGUGUCACCAGAGACCUCCACAGAAACCAUCACCAGACUCCCUACCUCCCGCAUAAUGACAGAAUCAGCAGAAAUGAUGAUCAAGACACAAACAGAUUCUCCUGGGUCUACACCAGAGAGUACUCUUACUGUGGACAUGUCAACAACACCCAACUGGGUAGAAACCCACUUGACUGCGACUCAGAGAUUUUCACACUCAGACAUGACCAUUCUUGUGAGCAGAGGCCCUGGCGAUGUGUUAUGGCCUAGUCAAUCCUCUGUGGAAGAAACCAGCUCUGCCUCUUCCCUGCUGUCUCUACCUGCCAUGACCUCACCUUCUCCUGUUUCCUCUACAUUAGCAGAGGAUUUCACUUCCCCUUCUCUUCCUGUGACUUCUUUUCUCACCCCUGACCUGGUGAUAACCACAGACAGGAUGGGCAUAAGCAGAGAACCUGAAACCAGCUCCACUUCAAAUUUGAGCAGCACCUCCUAUGAGAGACUGACCACUUUGGAAGACACUGUAGAUACAGAAGCCAUGCAUCCUUCCACACACACAGCAGUGACCAACAUAGGGACCUCCAGUUCUGGACACGAAUCACAAUCUUCUGUCCUAGCUGACUCAGAGAUACCCAAAGCCACAUCUUCAGUGGGUACCACCUACACCAUGGGGAAAAUGAGUGUUUCCAUAUCCACUUCUGACUUCUUUGAGACCAGCAAAAUUCAGAUAGAACCAACAUCCUCCCUGACUUCUGGAUUGAGGGAGACCAGCAGCUCUGAGAGGAUCAGCUCAGCCACAGAGAGAAGCACUGUCCUUUCUGAAGUGCCCAGUGGUGCUACCACUGAGGUCUCCAGGACAGAAGUGAUCUCCUCUAGGGGGACAUCCAUGUCAGGGCCUGAUCAGUCCACCAUGUCACCAGACAUCUCCACUGAAGCGAUCACCAGGCUUUCUACCUCCCCCGUUAUAACAGAGUCAGCAGAAAGUGCCAUCACUAUUCAGACAGGUUCUCCUGGGGCUACAUCACAGGGUACCCUCACCUUGGACACCUCAACAACAACCUUUUGGUCAGGGACCCACUCAACUGCAUCUCCAGGAUUUUCACACUCAGAGAUGACCACUCUUAUGAGUAGAACUCCUGGAGAUGUGUCAUGGCCAAACCUUCCCUCUGUGGAAGAGGCCAGCUCUGUUUCUUCCCCACUGUCUUCACCUGCCAUGAUCUUGCCUUCUUCUUCCUCUACAUUACCAGAGAGCAUCCCCUCCUCUCCUCAUCCUAUGACUGUACUUCUCACCCCUGGCCUGGUGAAGACCACAGACAUGUUGGGCACGAGCUCAGAACCUGAAACCAGUCCACCUCCAAAUUUGAGCAGCACCUCAGAUGAAAUAUUGGACACCUCUGAAGUCACCAAAGAUACAGAGAAAAUUCAUCCCUCCUCAAACACACCAGUGAUCAAUGUAGGGACCUUGGUUUAUAAACAUCUAUCCCCUUCCUCUGUUUUGGCUGACUUAGUGACAACAAAAGCCACAUCUCCAAUGGCUACCACCUCCACUCUGGGGAAUACAAGUGUUUCCACAUCAACUCCUGCCUUCCCAGAAACUAUGAUGACAAAGCCAACUUCCUCCCUGACCUCUGAAUUAAGGGAGAUCAGUACCUCUCAAGAGAUCAGCUCAGCAACAGAAAGAAGUGCUUCUCUUUCUGGAAUGCUCACUGGUGCUACUACUGAGGUCUCCAGAACAGAAGCCAUCUCCUCAAGCAGAACAUCCACCCCAGGUCCUGCUCAAUCCACAAUGUCACCAGACAUCUCCGCAGAAACCAUCACUAGAAUUUCUACUCCCCUCACCACGACAGAAUCAGCAGAAACGACCAUCACCCCCAAAACAGGUCAUUCUUGGGCAUCCUCACAAGGUACCUUUACCUUGGAAACAUCAAGCAGAGCCUCCUGGCCAGGAACUCACUCAGCUGCAACUCACAGAUCUCCACACUCAGUGAUGACCACUCCUAUGAGCAGAGGUCCUGAGGAUGUGUCAGGGCCAAGCCCCCCAUCAGUGGAAAAAACUAGCCUCCCAUCUUCCCUGGUGUCUUUAUCUGCAGUAAACUCACCUUUGCUGCUUUAUUCCACAACAUCUGGGAGUAGCCACUCCUUUCCUCUCCAGGUGACUUCUCUUUUCACCCCUGUCGUGAUGAAGACCGCUGACAUGUUGGAUACAAGCUUGGAACCUGUGACCACUUCACCUCCCACUAUGAAUAUCACCUCAGAUGAGAGUCUGGCCACUUCUAAAGCCACUAUGGACACAGAGGCAAUUCAGGUUUCUGAAAACACAGCUGUGACCCAGGUGGGCACCACCAGAGCUAGACAAGAAUUCUAUUCCUCUUACCCAGGCUUCCCAGAGCCAUCCAAAGUGACAUCUCCAAUGGUCACCUCUUCCACAAUAAAAGACAUUGUUUCUACAACCAUACCUGCUUCCUCUGAGAUAACAAGAACUGAGAUGGAGUCAACAUCCACCCUGACCCCCACACCAAGGGAGACCAGGACCUCCCAGGGGAUCCACUCAGCCACAGAGCCAAGCACUGUUCCUUACAAGGCACUCACUAGUGCCACGAUUGAGUACUCCAGGACACAAGUCACGUCCUCUAGCAGAAGAUCUAGCCCUGGUCAGUCCACAAUGUCACCAGACAUCUCCACUGAAGUGAUCACCAGGCUCUCUACCUCCCCCAUCAAGACAGAAUCUACAGAAAUGACCAUUACCGCCCAAACGGGUUCUCGUGGGGCUACAUCACAGGGUACACUUACCAUGGACACCUCAACAACAACUUUUAUGUCAGGGACCCACUCAACUGCAUCUCAAGGAUUUUCACACUCAGAGAUGACCACUCUUAUGAGUAGAACUCCUGGAGAUGUGCCAUGGCCAAGCCAUCCCUUUAUGGAAGAAACCAGCUCUGCCUCUUUGCUGUCUUCACCUGCCAUGACCUCACUUUCUCCUGUUUCUUCCACAUUACCGGACAGCAUCCACUCCUCUUCUCUUCCUGUGACAUCACUUCUCACCUCGGGCCUGGUGAAGACCACAGAGCUAUUGGGCACAAGCUCAGAACCUGAAACCAGUUCACCCCCAAAUCUGAGCAGCACCUCAGCUGAAAUACUGGCCACCACUGAAGUCACCACAGAUACAGAGAAACUGGAGGUGACCAAUGUGGUAACCUCAGGUUAUACACAUGAAUCUCCUUCCUCUGCCUUAGCUGACUCAGUGACAACAAAAGCCACAUCUUCAGUAGGUAUCAUCUACCCCACAGGAGAUACAAAUGUUCUCACAUCAACUCCUGCCUUCUCUGACACCAGUAGCAUUCAGACAAAGCCAACGCUUUCACUGACUCCUGGGUUGAUGGAGACCAGCACCUCUGAAGAGACCACCUCUGCCACAGAAACAAACUCUGUCCUUUCUAGUGUGCCCACUGGUGCUACUCCUGAGGUCUCCAGGACAGAAGUCAUCUCCUCUAGCAGAACAUCCAUCCCAGGCCCUGCUCAAUCCACAAUGUCACCAGACACCUCCACGGAAGCCAUCACUAGAAUUUCUACUCCCCUCACCAGGAAAGAAUCAACAGAAAUGGCCAUCACCCCCAAAACAGGUCCUUCUGGGGCUACCUCACAGGGUACCUUUACCUUGGGCACAUCAAGCAGAGCCUCCUGGCCAGGAACUCACUCAGCUGCAACUCAGAGAUUUCCACAGUCAGUGGUGACAACUCCUAUGAGCAGAGGUCCUGAGGAUGUGUCAUGGCCAAGCCUUCCAUCUGUGGAAAAAAACAGCUCUCCAUCUUCCCUGGUGUCUUUAUCUGCAGUAACCUCACCUUUGUCACUUUAUUCCACACCAUCUGGGAGUAGCCACUCUUCUCCUGUCCCUGUCACUUCUCUUUUCACCUCUGUCAUGAUGAAGACCACAGACAUGUUGGAUGCAAGCUUAGAACCUGAGACCACUUCACCUCCCAGUUUGAAUAUCACCUCAGAUGGGAGUCUGGCCACUUCUAAAGCCACUAUGGAGACAGAGGCAAUUCAGGUUUUUGAAAACACAGCAGCGUCCCAUGCGGAAACCACCAGUGCUAGAGAGGAACUCUAUCCCUCCUCCCCAGGCUUCUCAGAGCCAACCAAAGUGACAUCUCCAAUGGUCACCUCUUCCUCUAUAAGAGACAACAUUGUUUCCACAACAAUGCCUGACUCCUCUGGCCUUACAAGGAUUGAGAUAGAGUCAAUGUCAUCUCUGACCCCUGGACUGAGGGAGACCAGAACCUCCCAGGACAUCAUCUCAUCCACAGAGACAAGCACUGUCCUUUACAAGAUGCCCUCUGGUGCCACUCCUGAGGUCUCCAGGACAGAAGUUAUGUCCUUUAGCAGAACGUCCAUUCCUGGCCCUGCUCAGUCCACAAUGUCACCAGACAUCUCCGAUGAAGUUGUCACCAGGCUCUCUACCUCCCCCAUCAUGGCAGAAUCUGCAGAAAUAACCAUCACCACCCAAACAGGUUCUUCUCUGGCUACAUCCCAGGUUACCCUUCCCUUGGGCACCUCAAUGACCUUUUUGUCAGGGACCCACUCAACUGUGUCUCAAGGACUUUCACACUCAGAGAUGACCAAUCUUAUGAGCAGGGGUCCUGAAAAUCUGUCAUGGACGAGCCCUCGCUUUGUGGAAACAACUGGAUUUUCCUCUUCUCUGACAUCAUUGCCUCUCACAACCUCACUUCCUCCUGUGUCCUCCACAUUACUAGAGAGUAGCCCCUCCUCUCCUCUUCCUGUGACUUCACUUAUCCUCCCAGGCCUGGUGAAGACUACGGAAGUGUUGGACACAAGCUCAGAGCCUAAAACCAGUUCAUCUCCAAAUCUGAGCAGCACCUCAGUUGAAAUACCGGCCACCUCUGAAAUCAUCACAGAUACAGAGAAGAUUCAUCCUACCUCAAACACAGCGGUGACCAAAGUGGGGACCUCCAGUUCUGUUCAUGAAUCUCAUUCCUCUGUCCUAGCUGACUUAGAAACAACAAUGACCACAUCUUCAAUGGGUAUCACUUCUCCUGUGGAGGACACCACUGUUUUCACAUCAAUUCCUGCCUUCUCUGAGACUAGGAGGAUUCCGACAGAGCCAACAUUCUCGCUGACUCCUGGAUUCAGGGAGACUAGCACCUCUGAAGAGACCAGCUCAAUCACAGAAACUAGUGCAGUCUUUUUUGGAGUGCCCACUAGUGCUACUACUGAGGUCUCCAUGACAGAAAUCAUGUCCUCUAACAGAACACACAUCCCUGACCCUGAUCAGUUCACAAUGUCUCCAGACAUCAUCACUGAAGUGAUCACCAGGCUCUCUUCCUCAUCCAUGAUGUCAGAAUCAACAGAAAUGACCAUCACCACCCAAACAAGUUCUCCUGGGGCUACAACACAGAGUACCCUUACCUUGGCCACAACAACAGCACCCUUGGCAAAGACCCAUUCAACUGUUCCUCCAAGAUUUUUACACUCAGAGAUGACAACUCUUAUGAGUAGGAGUCCUGGAAAUCCAUCAUGGAAGAGCUCUCCCUUUGUGGAAAAAACUAGCUCUUCCUCUUCUCUGUUGUCCUUACCUGUCACGAUGUCACCUUCUGUUUCUUCCACAUUACUACAGAGUAUCCCUUCUUCCUCUUUUCCUGUGACUUCGCUCCUCACCCCAGGCAUGGUGAAGACUACAGACAUAAGCACAGAACCUGGAACCAGUUUAUCUCCAAAUCUGAGCAGCACCUCAGUUGAAAUACUGGCUGCCUCUGAAGUCACCACAGAUACAGAGAAAAUUCAUCCUUCUUCAAGCAUGGCAGUGACCAAUGUGGGAACCACCAGUUCUGGACAUGAACUAUAUUCCUCUGUUUCAAUCCACUCAGAGCCAUCCAAGGCUACGUACCCAAUGGGUACUUCCUCUUCCAUGACCGAAACCACUAUUUCCACAUCAAUGCCUGCCAAUAUUGAGACCACGAGAUCUGAGGCAGAGCCAUUUUCUCAUUUGACUUCUGCAUUUAGGAAGACUAACAUGUCCCUGGACACCAGCUCAGUCACACCAACAAAUACACCUUCUUCUCCUGGGUCCACUCAUCUUUUACAGAGUUCCAAGACUGAUUUCACCUCUUCUGUGAAAAUAUCAUCCCCAGACCGGCCUCCAGCCUCACAGUAUACUGAAAUUCCAGUGGACAUAAUCACCCCCUUUAAUGCUUCUCCAUCUAUUAUGGAGUCCACUGGGGUAACCUCCUUCCCAGAAUCCAAGUUUACUAUGUCUGUAACAGAAAGUAUUCAUCAUCUGAGUACAGAUUUGCUGCCUUCAGCUGAGACUAUUUCCACUGGCACAGUGAUGCCUUCUCUAUCAGAGGCUGUGACUUCAUUUGCCACCACUGGAGUUCCACGAGUCAUCUCAGGUUCAGGUAGUCCAUUCUCUAGGACAGAGUCAGGCCCUGGGGAUGCUACUCUGUCCACCAUUGCAGAGAGCCUGCCUUCAUCCACUCCUGUGCCAUUCUCCUCUUCAACCUUCACUACCACUGAUUCUUCAACCAUCCCAGCCCUCCAUGGGAUAACUUCCUCUUCAGCUACUCCACGUAGAGUGGACACCAGUCUUGGGACAGAGAGCAGCACUACUGAAGGACACUUCGUUAUGGUCAGUACUUUGGACACUUCGAGCCAACCAGCCAGGACAUCUUCAUCACCCAUUUUGGAUACCAGAAUGACAGAGAGUGUUGAGCUGGGAACAGUGACAAGUGCUUAUCAGGUUCCUUCACUCUCAACACGGUUGACAAGAACUGAUGGCAUUAUGGAGCACAUCACAAAAAUACCCAAUGAAGCAGCACACAGAGGUACCAUAAGACCAGUCAAAGGUCCGCAGACAUCCACAUUGCCUGCCAGUCCUAAAGGACUACACACGGGAGGGACAAAAAGAAUGGAGACCACCACCACAGCUCUGAAGACCACCAUCACAGCUCCGAAGACCACUUCCAGAGCCAUCUUGACCACCAGUGUCCCUACUUCCACUUUGGGAACACUGACUCCCCUCAAUGCAUCAGUGCAAAUGGCCAGCACAAGCACCACAGAAAUGACGAUCACAACCCCAUAUGUUUCCCCUGAUGUUCCAGAAAUGACAUCCUCAUUGGCUACCAGCCUGGGAGCAGAAACCAGCACAGCUCUUCCCAGGACAACCCCAUCUGUUUUCAAUAGAGAAUCAGAGACCACAGCCUCACUGGUCCCUAGUUCUGAGGCAGAGACAAGUCCAGCUAUUCAAACUCUAGGUGUUUCUUCUAGUGAGCCAGAUACAAUAGCUUCAUGGGUUAUCCAUCCUGCAGAGACCAUCCCAACUGUUUCCAAGACAACCCCCAGUUUUUUCCACAAUGAAUCACACACUGUAUCUUCCACAGCCACCAGUCAUUGGGCAGAAGUCAGCUCAGCCAUUCCAACAAAUAUCUCACCUAGUGAACCAGAUGCACUGACCCCACUGGUCACUAUUUCUGGGACAGAUGCUACUACAACGUUCCCAACACUGACUAAGUCCCCACAUGAAACACAGGCAAGAACCACAUGGCUCACUCAUCUUGCAGAGACCAGCUCAACCAUUCCCAGAACAAUCCCCAAUUUUUCCCAUCGUGAAUCAGAUGCCACACCUUCAGUGGCCACCAGUCCUGGGGCAGAAACCAGUUCAGCUAUUCCAACUGUGACUGUCUCACCUGGUGCAGCAGAUCUGAUGACCUCACAGGUCACUAGUUCUGGAACAGACCAAAAUAUGACUAUUCCAACUUUGACUCUUUCUUCUGCUGAACCAAAGACCACAGCCUCAUUAGUCACCCAUCCUGAAGCACAGACAAGUUCGGCCAUUCCAACUUCAACUAUCUCGCCUGGUGUAUCACGGAUGGUGACCUCAAUGGUCACCAGUUUGGCAGCAGAGACAAGUACAACUAAUCCAGCUCUGACAAGCUCCCCUGGUGAACCAGCUACCACAGAUUCAUUGGUCACACAUCCUGCACAGACCAGCCCAACAGUUACCUGGACAACUUCCAUUUUUUUCCAUAGUAAAUCAGACACCACACCUUCAAUGGCCACCAGUCAUGGGGCACAAUCCAGUUCAGCUGUCCCAACUCCAACUCUUUCACCUGGAGUACCAGGAGUGGUGACCCCUGUGGUCACUAUGAUGACCUCUCUGGUCACUAGUUCUAGGGCAGCGACCAGUACAACUAUUCCAACUCUGACACUUUCUUCUGGUGAACCAGAGACCACACCUUCAAUGGCCACCAGUCAUAGGGCAGAAGGGGCAGAAGCCAGUUCUGCUGUUCCAACUCCAACUGUUUCACCUGGGGUACCAGGAGUGGUGACCUCUCUGGUCACUAGUUCUAGGGCAGUGACCAGUACAACUAUACCAAUUCUGACUCUUUCUCCUGGUGAACCAGAGACCACACCUUCAACGGCCACCAGUCAUAAGGCAGAAGCCAGCUUUGCUGUUCCAACUCCAACUGUUUCACCCGAGGUACCAGAAGUGGUGACCUCUGUGGUCACUAGUUCUAGGGCAGUGACCAGUACAACUAUUCCAACUCUGACACUUUAUUCUGGUGAACCAGAGACAACACCUUCAACGGCCACCAGUCAUAAGGCAGAAGCCAGCUCUGCUGUUUCAACUCCAACUGUUUCACCUGGGGUACCAGGAGUGGUGACCCCUUUGGUCACUAGUUCUAGGGCAGUGACCAGUACAGCUAUUCCAACUCUGACUCUUUCUCCUGGCGAACCAGAGACCACACCUUCAAUGGCCACCAGUCAUAGGGCAGAAGGGGCAGAAGCCAGCUCUGCUGUUCCAACUCUAACUGUUACACCUGGGGUACCAGGAGUGGUGGCCUCUCUGGUCACUAGUUCUAGGGCAAUGACCAGUACAACUAUUCCAAUUCUGACUAUUUCUCCUGGUGAACCAGAGACCACACCUUCAAUGACCACCAGUCAUAGGGCAGAAAGGGCAGAAGCCGGCUCAACUGUUCCAACUGUUUUACCUAAGGUACCAGGAGUGGUGACCUCUCUGGUCACUAGUUCUAGUGCAGUAACCAGUACAACUAUUCCAACUCUGGCUAUUUCUUCUGGUGAACCAGAGACCACAACUUCAUUAGUCACCCAUUCUGAGGGAAAGACAAUUUCAGCCAUUCCAACUUUAGCUGUCUCCCCUACUGUACAAGGGCUGGUGACUUCACUGGUCCCUAGUUCUGGGUCAGAGACCAGUGCAUUUCCAAACCUAACUGUUGCCUCAGGUCAAUCAGAGACCACAGCCUCAUGGGUCACUCAUUUUGGGACAGAAACAAACUCUGUUGUUCCAACUUUGACUGUCUCCACUGGGGAGCCAUUUACAAAAAUCUCAUUUGUCACCCAUCCUGCAGAGAGUAGCUCAACUGUUCCCAGGACAACCUCACAGGUCACUAGUUCUGGGACAGACACCGGUAUAACUAUUCCGGCUCUGACUCUUUCUCCUGAUGAACCAGAGACCACAACCUCGUUUAUCACCUAUUCUGAGACACACACAAGUUCAGCCAUUCCAACUCUGACUGUCUCCCCUGGUGCAUCAAAGAUGCUGACCUCACUGGUCACUAGUUCUGGGACAGACAGCACUACAACUUUCCGAACACUGACAGAAACCCCAUAUGAACCAGAGACAACAGCCACACAGCUCAUUCAUCCUGCAGAGACCAACACAAUGGUUUCCAGGACAACCCCCAAGUUUUCCCAUAGUGAGUCAGACACUACACUCCCAGUAGCCAUCACCAGUCCUGGGCCAGAAGCCAGUUCAGCUGUUUCAACGACAACUAUCUCACCUGAUAUGUCAGAUCUGGUGACCUCACUGGUCCCUAGUUCUGGGACAGACACCAGUACAACCUUCCCAACAUUGAGUGAGACCCCAUAUGAACCAGCGACUACAGUCACAUGGCUCACUCAUCCUAUAGAGACCAGCACAAAGGUUUCUAGGACAAUUUCCAACUUUUCCCAUAGGGAAUCAGACAGUACACCCUCAGUGGUCACCAGUCCUGGAGUAGACGCCAGGUCAGCUGUUCCAAUUACAACCAUCCCAUCCAGUAUACCAGGGGCAGUGACCUCACAGGUCACUAGUUCUGCAACAGACACUAGUACAGCUAUUCCAACUUUGACUCCUUCUCUUGGUGAACCAGAGACCACAGCCUCAUUGGCUGCCCAUCCUGGGACACAGACUGGCUUCACUGUUCCAAUUCGGACUGUUCCCUCUAGUGAACCAGGUACAACAGCUUCCUGGGUCACUCAUCCUGCACAGACCAGCACACCUGUUUCCAGAACAACCCCCAGUUUUUCCCAUAGUAGACCAGAGGCCACACCUUUAAUGGCCACCAGUCCUGGGACAGAAGCCAGUUCAGCUGUGCUGACAACAAUCUCACCUGGUGCACCAGAGAUGGUGACUUCACAGAUCACUAGUUCUGGGGCAGCAACUAGUACAACUAUUCCAACUUUGACUCAUUCUCCUGGUAUGCCAGAGACCACAGCCUUAUUGAUCACCCAUCCCAGCACAGAGACAAGUACAACGUUUCCUGCUUCAACUGUGUUUCCUCAAGUAUCAGGGACUACAGCCUCACUCUCCAUUAGACCUGGUGCAGAGACUAGCACAGCUCUCUCAACUCAGACAACAUCUUCUCUCUUCACCCUACUUGUAACUGGAACUGGCAGAGUUGAUCUAAAUCCAACUGCUUCACCUGGUGUUUCUGCAAAAACAGCCUCACUUUCCACCCAUCCAGGGACAGAAACCAGCACAAUGAUUCCAACUUCAACUCUUUCCCUUGGUUUAUUAGAGACUACAGGCUCACUAGCCACCAGCUCUUCAGUGGAGACCAGCACGGGUACUCUAACUCUGACUGUUUCCCCUGCUGUCUCUGGGCUUCCCAGUGCCACCAUAACAACUGGUAAGCCCCAAACUGUGACCUCCUGGAACACAAAAACCUCACCAUCUGUAACUUCAGUUGGACCCCCAGAAUUUUCCAGGACUGUCACAGGCACCACUAUGACCUUGAUACCAUCAGAGACGCCAACACCACCUAAAACCAGUCAUAGAGAAGGAGUGAGUCCAACCACUAUCUUGAAAAAUACAGUGGUUGAAACCACUAAUUUAGCUGCCACAGGUUCCAGUCCCACUGUGGCCAAGACCACAACCACCUUCAAUACACUGGCUGGAAGCUCCUUUGCUCCUCUGACCACACCUGGGAUGUCCACCUUGGUCUCUGAGAGUGUGACCUCAAGAAAAACUGGCGUGCCUUUGUUGGUGCCUUUGACUGUCAACUUCACCAUCACCAACCUGCAGUACACGAAGGACAUGGGGCGCCUGGGCUCUGAAAUAUUCAAUGCCACUGAGAGGCCCCUGCAGCAGCUGCUCGAGCCCUUGUUCCAGAACAGCAGUAUUGGUUCCCUCUAUGCUGGCUGCAGGCUGACCUCGCUCAGUGUUCUCUGGGCUCAGCGGAUUCAGUACCCUUUCCUUACACCUCACAACCCUGCAGCCUCUCUGGCUGAAAAGGAUGGGGCAAGCACCAGAGUGGAUGCCAUCUGCACCUACCGCUCAGAUUCCACCAGCUAUGAGCUGGACAGAGAGCAGCUGUACUGGGAGCUGAGCCAGUUGACUCACGGUGUCACCCUGCUGGGACCCUACACUCUGGACAGGAACAGCCUCUAUGUCAAUGGUUAUAACCUUCGGUACCAGACCCCUGCCACCAGCACUCCAGUGACUUCUACAUUCUCCCCAGGAAUUUCCACAUCCUCCAUCCCCAGCUCCACAGCAGCCACAGUCCCAUUCAUGGUGCCAUUCACCCUCAACUUCACCAUCACCAACCUGCAGUACGUGGAGGACAUGCGGCACCCUGGUUCCAGGAAGUUCAACGCCACAGAGAGAGUCCUGCAGGGUCUGCUCAAACCCUUGUUCAGGAAUAGCAGUCUGGAAUACCUCUAUUCAGGCUGCAGACUAGCCUCAUUCAGGCCAGAGAAGGAUGGAUCAGCCACAGCAGUGGAUGCCAUCUGCACACAUCGCCCUGACCCUGAAGGCCUCGGACUGGACAGAGAGCGACUGUACUGGGAGCUGAGCAACCUGACCAAUGGCAUCCAGGAGCUGGGCCCCUACACCCUGGACCGAAACAGUCUCUAUGUCAACGGUUUCACCCAUCAAAGCUCUAUGUCCGCCACCAGCACUCCUGGGACCUCCACGGUGGAUGUGGGAACCUCAGGGACUCUAUCCUCCAGCCCCAGCCCCACAACUGUUGGCCCUCUCCUGAUGCCAUUCAACCUCAACUUCACCAUCACCAACCUGCAGUAUGAGGAAGACAUGCGUCGCCCUGGCUCCAGGAAGUUCAACACCACGGAGAGGGUCCUGCAGGGUCUGCUCAGGCCCUUAUUCAAGAACACCAGUGUCAGCCCUCUGUACUCUGGCUGCAGACUGACCUUACUCAGACCCGAGAAGGAUGGGGCAGCCACUGGAGUGGAUGCCAUCUGCACCCACCGCCUUGACCCCAAAAGCCCUGGACUCAACAGGGAGCAGCUGUACUGGGAGCUAAGCAAGCUGACCAAUGGCAUUGAUGAGCUGGGCCCCUACACCCUGGACAGGAACAGUCUCUAUGUCAAUGGUUUCACCCAUCGGAGCUCUGUGUCCACCACCAGCACUCCUGGGACCUCCAUAGUGGAUUUUGGAACCUCAGGGACUCCAUCCUCCCUCUCCAGCCCCACGAUCAUUGGCCCUCUCCUGGUGCCAUUCACCCUCAACUUCACCAUUACCAACCUGCAGUACGAGGACAUGCAUCACCCUGGCUCCAGGAAGUUCAACACCACAGAGAGGGUCCUGCAGGGUCUGCUUGGCCCCGUAUUCAAGAACACCAGUGUUGGCCCUCUGUACUCUGACUGCAGACUGAUCUCUCUCAGGCCCGAGGAGGAUGGAGCAGCCACUGGAGUGGAUGCCAUCUGCACCCACCAUCUUGACCCCAAAAACCCCGGACUCAACAGAGAACAGCUGUACUGGGAGCUGAACCAGCUGACCAAUGGCAUCAAAGAGCUGGGCCCCUACACCCUGGACAGUAACAGUCUCUAUGUCAAUGGUUUCACCCAUCGGACCUCUGUGCCCGCCACCAGCACUCCUGGGACCUCCACAGUGGACCUUGGGACUUCAGGGACUCCAUCCUCCCUCGCCAGCCCCACAACUGCUGGCCCUCUCCUGGUGCCGUUCACCCUCAACUUCACCAUCACCAACCUGAAGUACGAGGAGGACAUGCGUCGCCCUGGCUCCAGGAAGUUCAACACCAUGGAGAGGGUCCUGCAGAGUCUGCUUGGUCCCAUGUUGAAGAACACCAGUGUUGGCCUUCUGUACUCUGGCUGCAGACUGACCUUGCUCAGGUCUGAGAAGGAUGGAGCAGCCACUGGAGUGGAUGCCCUCUGCACCCACCAUCUUGACCCAAAAAGCCCUGGAGUGGACAGGGAGCAGCUGUACUGGGAACUGAGCCAGCUAACCCAUGGCAUCAAAGAGCUGGGCCCCUAUACCCUGGACAGGAACAGCCUCUAUGUCAAUGGUUUCACCCAUCAGACCUCUGUGCCCACCACCAGCACUCCUGGGACCUCCACAGUGGAACUUGGGACUUUAGGGACUCCAUCCUCCCUCCACAGCCCCACAACUGCUGGCCCUCUCCUGGUGCCAUUCACCGUCAACUUCACCAUCACCAACCUGAAGUAUGAGGAGGACAUGCAUCACCCUGGCUCCAGGAAGUUCAACACCACGGAGAGGGUCCUGCAGAAUCUGCUUGGUCCUAUGUUGAAGAACACCAGUGUUGGCCCUCUGUACUCUGGCUGCAGACUGACCUUGCUCAGGUCCGAGAAGGAUGGAGCAGCCACUGGAGUGGAUGCCCUCUGCACCCACCGUCUUCACCCCAAAAGUCCUGGAGUGGACAGGGAGCAGCUGUAUUGGGAGCUGAGCCAGCUGACCCAUGGCAUCAAAGAGCUGGGCCCCUACACCCUGGACAGGAAAAGCCUCUAUGUCAAUGGUUUCACCCAUCGGACCUCUGUGCCCACCACCAGCACUCCUUGGACCUCCACAGUGGAACUUGGGACCUUAGGGACUCCAUUCUCCCUCCCCAGCCCUACAUCUGCUGGCCCUCUCCUGGUGCCAUUCACCCUCAACUUCACCAUCACCAACCUGCAGUACGAGGAGGACAUGCAUCACCCAGGGUCCAGGAAGUUCAACACCACAGAAAGGGUCCUGCAGGGUCUGCUUGGUCCCGUGUUCAAGAACACCAGUGUCGGCCCUCUGUACUCUGGCUGCAGACUGACCUUCCUCAGGCCUGAGAAGAAUGGGGCAGCCACUGGAGUGGAUGCCAUCUGCACCCAACAUCUUGACCCCAAAAGCCCUGGACUCAACAGAGAGCAGCUGUACUGGGAGCUGAACCAGCUGACCCAUGGCAUCAAAGAGCUGGGCCCCUACACCCUGGACAGGAACAGUCUCUAUAUCAAUGGUUUCACCCAUUGGAGCUCUGUGGCCCCCACCAGCACUCCUGGGACCUCCACAGUGGACCUUGGAACCUCAGGGACUCCAUCCUUCCUCCUCAGCCCCACAGCAGCUGUUCCUCUCCUGGUGCCGUUCACCCUCAACUUCACCAUCACCAAUCUGCAGUAUGGGGAGGACAUGCAUCACCCUGGCUCCAGGAAGUUCAACAGCACAGAGAGGGUCCUGCAGGGUCUGCUUGGUCCAUUGUUCAAGAACUCCAGUGUCGGCCCUCUGUACUCUGGCUGCAGACUGAUCUCCCUCAGGUCUGAGAAUGAUGGGGCAGACACUGGAGUGGAUGCCAUCUGUACCCACCGCCUUACCCCUCAAAGCCCUGGACUGGACAGGGAGCAGCUGUACUGGGAGCUGAGCCAGAUGACCAACGGCAUCAAAGAGCUGGGCCCCUACACCCUGGACAGGAACAGUCUCUAUGUCAAUGGUUUCACCUAUUGGAGCUCUGUGCCCACCACCAGCACUCCUUGGACUUCCACAGUGGACCUUGGAAUCUCAGGGACUCCAUCCCCCGUCCCCAGCCCCACAACCACCAGCCCUCUCCUGGUGCCAUUCACACUCAACUUCACCAUCACUAACCUACAGUAUGAGGAGAACAUGGGUCACCCUGGCUCCAGGAAGUUCAACACCACGGAGAGGGUUCUGCAGGGUCUGCUCAAGCACUUGUUCAAGAGCACGGGUGUUGGCCCUCUGUAUUCUGGCUGCAGACUAACCCUGCUCAGGCCUGAGAAGGAUGGAGCAGCCACCAGAGUGGAUGCCAUCUGCACCCACCGCCCUGACCCCAAAAUCCCUGGGCUAGACAGAGAGCGUCUAUACUGGGAGCUGAGCCAGCUGACCCACAGCAUCACUGAGCUGGGCUCCUAUACCCUGGACAGGGAUAGUCUCUAUGUCAAUGGUUUCACCCAGCGGAGCUCUGUGCCUGCCACCAGCACUCCUGGGACUUUCACAGUACAGCUGGAAACCUCUGAGACUCCAUCAUCCCUCCCUGGCCCCACAGGCACUGGCCCUCUUCUGCUGCCAUUCACCCUCAAUUUUACCAUCAAUAACCUGCAGUAUGAGGAGGACAUGGGUCGCCCUGGCUCCAGGAAGUUCAACACCACGGAGAGGGUCCUUCAGGGUCUGCUUAGGCUCUUGUUCAAGAACACCAGUGUUGGCACUCUGUACUCUGGUUGCAGACUGACCUUGCUCAGGCCUGAGAAGGAUGGGGCAGCCACCAGAGUGGAUACUGUCUGCACUCACCGUCCUGACCCCCAAAGCCCUGGAUUGGACAGAGAGCGGCUGUACUGGAAGCUGAGCCAGCUGACCCAUGGCAUCACUGAGCUGGGCCCCUACACCCUGGACAGGCACAGUCUCUAUGUCAAUGGUUUCACCCAUCAGAGCUCCAUGAUGACCACCAGAACUCCUGAUACCUCCACAAUGCCCCUGGGAACCUCGAGAACUCCAGCCUCCCUGUCUGGACCCACGACUGCCAGCCCUUUCCUGGUGCUAUUCACAAUUAACUUCACCAUCACUAACCUGUGGUAUGAGAACAUGCAUCACCCUGGCUCUGGAAAGUUUAACACCACAGAAAGAGUCCUUCAGGGUCUGCUCAGGCCUUUGUUCAAGAACACCAGUGUUGGCCCUCUGUACUCUGGCUGCAGACUGACCUUACUCAGGCCCAAGAAGGAUGGGGCAGCCACCAAAGUGGAUGCCAUCUGCACUUACCACCCUGACCCCAAAAGCCCUGGACUGGACAGAGAGCAGCUAUACUGGGAACUGAGCCAGCUAACCCAUGGCAUCACUGAGCUGGGCACCUACACCCUAGACAGGGACAGUCUCUAUGUCAAUGGUUUCACACAACGGAGCUCUGUGCCCACCACCAGCACUCCUGGGACCUUCACAGUGGACCUGGGAACAUCUGGGACUCCAACUUCUAAACCUGGUCCCUCAGCUGCCAGCCCUCUCCUGGUGCCGUUCACUCUCAACUUCACCAUCACCAACCUGCGGUAUGAGGAGAACAUGCAGCACCCUGGCUCCAGGAAGUUCAACACCACGGAGAGGGUCCUUCAGGGCCUGCUCAGGCCCCUGUUCAAGAGCACCAGCGUUGGCCCUCUGUACUCUGGCUGCAGACUGACCUUGCUCAGGCCUGAGAAGGAUGGGGCAGCCACUGGAGUGGAUGCCAUCUGCACCCACCACCCUGACCCCAAACGCCCUAGGCUGGACAGAGAGCAGUUGUAUUGGGAGCUGAGCCAGCUGACCCACAGCAUCACUGAGCUGGGCCCCUAUACCCUGGACAAUGACAGACUCUUUGUCAAUGGUUUCACCCAUCGGAGCUCUGUGCCCACCACCAGCACUCCUGGGAUCCCCACAGUGUAUCUGGGAGCAUCUAGGACUCCAACCUCAAUACUUGGCCCUUCAGCUGCCAGCCAUCUCCUGAUACUAUUCACCCUCAACUUCACCAUCACUAACCUGCAGUAUGAGGAGAACAUGUGGCCUGGCUCCAGGAAGUUCAACACUACAGAGAGGGUUCUUCAGGGUCUGCUAAGGCCCUUGUUCAAGAACACCAGUGUUGGCCCUCUGUACUCUGGCUGCAGGCUGACCUUGCUCAGGCCAGAGAAGGAUGGGGAAGCCACCAGAGUGGAUGCCAUCUGCACCCACCGCCCUGACCCCACAGGCCCUGGACUGGACAGAGAGCAGCUGUAUUUGGAGCUGAGCCAGCUGACCCACAGCAUCACUGAGCUGGGCCCCUACACCCUGGACAGGGACAGUCUCUAUGUCAAUGGUUUCACCCAUCGGAGCUCUGUGCCCACCACCAGCACCGGGGUGGUCAGCGAGGAGCCAUUCACACUGAACUUCACCAUCAACAACCUGCGCUACAUGGCGGACAUGGGUCAACCCGGCUCCCUCAAGUUCAACAUCACAGACAACGUCAUGCAGCACCUGCUCAGCCCUUUGUUCCAGAGGAGCAGCCUGGGUGCACAGUACACAGGUUGCAGGGUCGUUGCACUAAGGUCUGUGAAGAACGGCGCUAAGACACAGGUGGACACCCUCUGCACCUACCUGCAGCCCCUCAGUGGCCCAGGUCUGCCUAUCAAGCAGGUGUUCCAUGAGCUGAGCCAGCAGACCCACGGCAUCACCCGGCUGGGCCCCUACUCUCUGGACAAAGACAGCCUCUACCUUAACGGUUACAACGAACCUGGUCCAGAUGAGCCUCCUACAACUCCCAAGCCAGCCACCAUAUUCCUGCCUCCUCUGUCAGAAGCCACAACAGCCGUGGGGUACCACCUGAAGACCCUCACACUCAACUUCACCAUCUCCAAUCUCCAGUAUUCACCAGACAUGGGCAAUGGCUCAGCUGCAUUCAACUCCACCGAGAGGGUCCUGAAGCACCUGCUCAGACCCUUGUUCCAGAAGAGCAGCCUGGGCCCCUUCUACUUGGGUUGCCGACUGAUCUCCCUCAGGCCUGAGAAGAAUGGAGCAGCCACUGGCGUGGACACCACCUGCACCUACCACACUGACCCUAUGGGCCCUGGGCUGGACAUACAGCAGCUUUACUGGGAGCUGAGUCAGCUGACCCAUGGUGUCACCCAACUGGGCUUCUAUGUCCUGGACAGGGAUAGCCUCUUCAUCAACGGCUAUGCACCCCAGAAUUUAUCAGUCUGGGGCAAGUACCAGAUAAAUUUCCAUAUUGUCAACUGGAACUUCAGUAAUCCAGACCCCACGUCCUCAGAGUACAUCACCCUGCUGAGGGACAUCCAGGACAAGGUCACCACACUCUACAAAGGCAGCCAACUACACGACAUGUUCCGCUACUGCCUGGUCACCAACUUGACGAUGGACUGCAUGUUGGUCACUGUCAAGGCAUUGUUCUCCUCCGAUUUGGACCCCAGCCUGGUGGAGCAAGUAUUUCUAGAUAAGACCCUGAAUGCCUCAUCCCAUUGGCUGGGCUCUACCUACCAGCUGGUGGACAUCCAUGUGACAGAAAUGGAGCCACCAGUUUAUCAACCAACAAAACCAACAAGCAGUUCCAGCACCCAGCACUUCUACCUGAAUUUCACCAUCACCAACCUACCAUAUUCCCAGGACAUGUCCCAGCCAAGCACCACCAAUUACCAGAGGAACAAAAGGAAUAUUGAGGACGCGCUCAACCAACUCUUCCGAAAUAGCAACAUCAAGAGCUAUUUUUCUGACUGUCAAGUUUCAACAUUCAGGUCUGUCCCCAACAGCCACCACACGGGGGUGGAUUCCCUGUGUAACUUCUCGCCACUGGCUCGGAGAGUAGACAGAGUUGCCAUCUAUGAGGAAUUCCUGCGGAUGACCCGGAAUGGGAGCCAGCUGCAGAACUUCACCCUGGACAGGAGCAGUGUCCUUGUGGAUGGGUAUUCUCCCAACAGAAAUGAGCCCUUAACUGGGAAUUCUGACCUUCCCUUCUGGGCCAUCAUCCUCAUCUGCUUGGCAGUACUCCUGGGACUCAUCACAUGCCUGAUCUCCGGCUUCCUGGCGACCACUCGCCGGCGGAAGAAGGAAAGAGAAUACAGCUUCCGGCAACAGUGCCCAGGCUACUACCAGUCACACCUAGACCUGGAGGAUCUGCAAUGACUGGAACUUGCCGGUGCUCGGGGUCCCUUUUCCCCAGCCAGGGUCCAAAGAAGCUUGGCUGGGGCAGAAAUAAACCAUAUUGGUCGGA